AUGUCAGACGAGGACGAUCAUUAUGAAGACUAUGAUGUAGAUGACGAUACAGCGGAGGACUCGGGAAAUGAGUCGGCCAAUGAGGACAUUGAUUUCGAUUAUAAUACAGCAGACUAUGAUGAUAUACAUACUUCAUCAUCAUCACAAAGAUCAAUGGGAAAACUAACAAGACAGAAGAGCUUCGAGGUAUUAGACAAGGCCGAGUUGCAAUCAGAGUCCAGGAAAGUAAUCAGAGAAGUAAUGGAUGUCCUCAGCAUCCCGUCAGAGGCCGCUGUAUCCGUCCUACUCAGGCACAUGAAAUGGAACAAGGAGAAGUUGAUAGAGAAGUAUAUGGAUAAUCAGGAUAGACUGUGUGCAGAGGCUGGCAUACCUAGUUUGAGAUUGGAUAGACAACCGGAUCCUAGAUUGCAGAGAUUCAGUUGUUUGAUUUGUUUGGAGGACUUCCAGCCGGUAAAGACAUUUGCAUUGUCAUGCGAUCAUAGAUAUUGUUUGUCUUGCUGGAAGCUAUAUCUAGAGUGUAAGGUGGGCGAGGGCGCCGAGUGCAUCUACGCCACGUGUCCAGCGCCCAAGUGCAAGGUCAAAGUGCACGAGGACGCAGUCAAGAGGCUGGUGGACCCGCCCACCUACGACCGCUACGCCAACUACAUACUCAAGUCGUACGUGGACGACAACCCGCAGGUCAAGUGGUGUCCGGCGCCUGGCUGCGUGUACUCAGUGCGCUGUGACCGAAAGGAGCGCAAGGAGGCUGUGGUGUGUCGCUGCGGCUUCCAAUACUGCUUCCUCUGCAACGACUUUGACAUUGGCGACCACAUGCCGUGUCCGUGCAGCCAGGUGGAUCGCUGGCUGCAAAAGGCGUCGGACGAGUCGGAGAAUGUCACGUGGAUGCUGGCCAACACCAAGAAGUGUCCCGAAUGUCGCUCGCCAAUCGAGAAGAACGGUGGCUGCAUGCAUAUGUCGUGUCGCAAGAAUGCCGGUGGCUGCGGCUUUGAGUUCUGCUGGCUCUGUCGCGGACCUUGGUCCGAGCACGGAUCGGCCACGGGUGGCUACUACAACUGUAACAAAUACGAUAAGUCCAAGGCCAAAGAGGACGAUGAGAAGGCCGCCGAUGCCAAGACCGAGUUGGAGGCCUACAUGUUUUACUAUCACAGAUACGAAUCACACAGGAAUGCAAUGAAGAUCGCCGAUGAACAAAGGAAGAAUGCACAACAAAAGGAGCAACAGAUACUUUCCAAGUUUGAUGUUCGAUCAGCCGACACCAAGUUCCUGAUGGAGGCCACUGAACAGUUGAUCAGGAAUCGAAGAGUACUUCAAUACUCUUAUGUAUAUGGAUACUAUUUGGACAAGAAGUCACAGGAACGUAAUCUGUUUGAGUAUCUCCAGGAAGAUCUUGAGAAACAUACUAAUCAGUUGUCAACUCUGUACGAGUUGAAUCUUGAUAAGUUGGAUGACUACCAGGCAUUCAUCAGAUGGAAGGAACAAGUCACCAACUACACCAGGAUCACCAAGAAGUUCUUGGACAACUUUGUCGAAGGUGUUGCUGGUGGAUUGACUGGCACUCAUCCAGGUCAUAUGUAA